GCACGUCUCUUGCUGCUUGCAGCCUCUGCACCUCUUCCGUUUUCCUCGGGCCUCACGUGGGAGGUGGUCCGGGCUGCCGUUACGCGCUCUUCGUGGGCCAGCGAAUUCGACUCGGGAGCGACAGCUGAAAUUUCAGAGUUGUCUACGUUUUUCCUAGAGCAGCACAAAAUGAAUGAGGCUGAACAGAAAUUCCAGGGAUCAGUGUCAUUUAAGGAUGUGAUUGUGGGCUUCACCCAGGAGGAAUGGAAGCACCUGAAUCCUGGCCAACGGUCCCUGUACAGGGAUGUUACACUGGAGAACUACAGCCAUCUCGUUUCAGUUGGGUAUUGUGUGACUAAGCCAGAGGUGAUCUUCAGGCUGGAGCAAGGAGAGGAGCCAUGGUUGUUGGAGGAAGAAUUCCCAAGCCAGAGCUUUGCAGGUGAGUUAAUCCAUACUGCACAAAUCAACAUCAGAUUUAUUAUUAACUAUACUUAAUUCAGGGGUUGGCAGUCUCAAAAUGUUUUUCAAAAAUACCUUUUUAAAUGAUUUCCUUCUUACUGAUCCCUAAGUUAAACCUCCACA